AUGGAUACAUCAUCUAAAAAGCUACCAAUCCACAAACAUCCUUUGUUCUCUUCAUCUCGAUUUCAUGGUCAUUGUGACGCUUGCACUAACACACAAGGUGAAUACUAUGGAGGCUAUCGCUGUAACGAUUCUGACUGCAACCUUGUUUUCUUUCACAAGGAAUGCGCCGAAUCACCAUCUGAGAUCAACCAUCCUUCUCACCCUGAACAUCCUCUCAAACUCACACACGAUCCUCCAAGAAGUAUGUGUGAUCUAUGCGGCAAGAACAUCUACGUCGCAGAAGCUCCGUAUUUCUAUCAUUGUUCCAUUUGCGACUUCAACGUUGAUACAUCAUGCGCGAGGAAACCAUCGUUUCCGCUCGUUGUUCCACAUCCCAAUCCCCAAGAACCUCCAUUUGUCUUUAUAAAAGAAAAUCAAACUGAAUUCGGCUGUUGUGGAGUAUGUGAGCAACCAGUUUUUGGUGCAUAUCUUUAUGGACGACCUUCUUGUGAUGAGUACGUUCACUUGGAGUGUAUCAAUCUUGCCGAGAAAGUUAACCUUCCUUUUCACCCAAGUCAUCGUUUUGAGCUCACCAAAUCUGCUUCACUCUCCGGUGAUAAGGUAUGCCUUUUGUGUGGAGUGUCAUUGGAGCGUGUGCUUUACUAUUGCUCCACAUGCGACUUCAGAGUAUGCUUAGGCUGUGUGAUAACUCCACCACCUCUUGUUAUUGAGCAUUCAAGAACCCAUGAGCAUCAUCUUACUCUCUCAUCGAGACAGAUCUCAUUUACUUGUAAUGUUUGUGGCAUGCAUGACGACCGAAGCUCUUAUUCAUGUCUUCCAUGCGAUUUUAUGGUUCAUCGAAGUUGCAUUGAUUUACCACAAGUCGUAAUCAUCAACCGUCACGAGCAUCGUCUCUCACGCACUAAUCAUCUUGGUCCAGGAUAUUUGGAUUGUGGAGUCUGUCGUCGACCCGUGAAUCAGUUUCAUGGGGCUUAUACUUGCUCCAUUUGCCCUAAAUAUGUUGUUCAUUCACAGUGCGCAACAAGCAUGGAAGUAUGGGAUGGGAUAAACCUCGAAGGGAUACCUGAAGAAAUCGAAGAUCUUCCAUUCAAAGUGGUUGGUGAUAACAUGAUAAACCAUUUCAGUCACGAGGAGCAUAAUCUAAGGCUUAAUAGCGAAAACGUUGUUUAUGAUGAAGCUACACGAUGUGAAGCAUGCGUCUUUCCUCUCAACGACUCAUCUGAUCCAAUAUAUAGCUGUGAGGAAUGUGAUUAUUUUCUCCAUGAAAAAUGUGCAAAUCUCCCUGUGAAGAUACGGCACUUAUCACACAGGAAACCAUUUACUUUACAUGCGAGAGGUGAAGAUCCCGAAGAUGACUGGUUUGUUUGUAGCCUUUGCCAAAAAUCAUUGACUGGUUUCAGGUACAUGUCUGUCUUUUACACUCUAGAUGUGCGUUGCAGUUCAGUUUCUGAACCGUUUGUCUGUGAUGGCCAUUUACAUCCUUUAUAUUACGAACUCGAAGCCAGUAUCCGCGAAUGUGAUUCAUGUCACAACUCAGUGGAUUAUCAUGUGGUCAAGUGUAAUGUUUGUGAGUUUAGUUUGGAUUUUUCUUGUGCAACUUUGCCUAAAGCAAGCAGUGAGUGA